GGACUCUUUCUCUCUCUAGUGGAGACUUUGUCAGUUGUCACCAACUUUCUCUUCUCUCUUAUUUCAAAUAAUAGAAGCUUCCUUCUUCCACCAUUUCAUUCCCAAGAAAAAGUCGAAUUCCCGGCACAUUUUCCUCAUUUUCCACUCUCAAAAUCCCAUAAUUUCCCCCUUUUUCCUCCUUCAGAUUCCAUAAUUUAUUCAACCCGUUCCGAUUUCUCAAUUAUUUCCAUAAGAAAUCGCGAUAUUAGGGUUUGGGUAAUUGAUUUGAUUACUUCUCAUGUUUAAUUCCCCUGCAAAUUUCACAUCAAUAACUCCAUUUCUCUACACAAUUUCACAAAUUUUUCUCCCUUCUGAUGUUUUCUUAAUACUCUACUUCAACUGCUCUCGUUUUCGCCAAAAAAUUUGAACCCUAAAUUCCCCAAUCUUUUUCAUUUCAAUUAAUUAACCCUAUUUUUUUGAUUCGUGAUAACAAUGGCGGCAUCAAUUGAGGAGUUACCUUCACAUAUAGUGUUGGAAAUAUUGACUUCAGGAAGAUUAAAUGCUGUUGAUCUUGUGUGUCUGGAAUUAGCGUCUUCCAUUUUUGGAGGGAAUCAAGGGUUAUAUCCUUUCAAGUUUCGUUCUUUGGUUGAUUUAGCUGCGUUUCAGCUAUGUGUAUCGCACCCGGUUUUCGAUCCUAUGAGCUUCGAUGCUCGUAAGGAGUUGUUUGAUCGUUGCAGUGGAAAUUGGAAGAGGGUUUUGAGGUUCUUGCACUCUGUUGAACAAGCUUCUUACACUGUUGAGACAUCAUCCGGCAAUCAGAUGCAGAUAAAGGCGGGAAGGUAUCAUACUUUGCUUGUCAGCAAUUCUUCUGUUUACUCUUGUGGUUCCAGCUUGUGUGGUGUUCUUGGUCAGGGUUCAGAAACGACACAGUGUGUAUCAUUUAGUCGGAUCAGUUUUCCUUCUUCUUCGCCUGUCGUUCAAGUUUCAGCUUCCCACAAUCAUGCUGCUUUUGUCACGCAAUCGGGAGAGGUUUUCACUUGUGGGGACAAUUCAUCAUUUUGUUGUGGGCAUAAGGACACUGGUCGUCCCAUUUUUCGGCCUCGAUCUGUUGAAGCUCUGAAAGGCAUUCCAUGUAAUCAAGUUGCUGCUGGACUCAGUUUUACUAUGUUCCUCACAAGAGAUGGCCAUGUCUACACAUGUGGAACAAAUGCACACGGGCAGCUUGGUCACGGUGACACGAUGGAUAGACCUUCUCCAACACUGGUGGAACUUUUAGCUGGUGUUGGCUCUAUAGUACAGAUUUCGGCAGGCCCAAGUUACUCUUUAGCCGUGGCUAGUGACGGGACAGUCUUUUCAUUUGGUUCAGGUACUAAUUUCUGUCUUGGUCAUGGUGAUCAGCAUAAUGAACACCAUCCACGGGCUAUCUUGUCUUUUAGAAGAAAGGGUAUCCAUGUAUUGCGCGUUUCAGCUGGCGAUGAGCAUGUUGUUGCCCUUGAUUCUUCUGGCUAUGUGUAUACUUGGGGCAAGGGUUAUUGUGGUGCAUUGGGCCAUGAAGAUGAGAUUGAUAAGACAAGUCCAGCGCUUGUCAGCAGCCUGAAGAAUCAUCUUGCCGUGCAGGUUUGUGCUAGUAAGAGGAAAACAUUUGUUCUAGUUGACACAGGUUCCGUUUUUGCCUUUGGGUGGAUGGGCUUUGGCAGCCUUGGGUUCACGGAUAGGGGAGUGUCUGAUAAGAUCACUAGGCCACGGAUCCUUGAUAGUUUGAGAGCUCACUAUGUCUCUCAGAUAAGCACAGGCCUUUAUCACACGGUUGUCAUUACCAGCAGGGGCCAGAUUUUUGGUUUCGGGGAUAAUGAAAGAGCUCAACUUGGACACGAUUCCUUGAGAGGGUGCCUUCAACCAACUGAAAUAUUUGUCGAUGAGACGGUGGAGAGUGGUGUUUCUUCCCAUGCAAAUGCUUAACACGACGAAAGUGUUCUUUUAGCCAGGGAUGAUUGAAUUUUGUAAACUUCCGUCAUGGUUUGCUAGAUUUGGUACUGGAGUCGGGUUUGUGUAGAAAUGUCUGUAGCUGUAAGUACAUAUCUUUGCGUAAACCGUACAAGCCUUUUCCCCCUCCGAAGCUUUUCGUUUUUUCCUAGUGUGCAGGAUUUCAUAAAAAAAAUUACAUGGAGUAAAUCUUUAAUGGCUUCUCUUGUUCCUGUUGUAUUUACUAUCUAUAAGCAACUUGUUCCAAAACAACUUAUUCUUAUCGAUAAGUUGUUUCAAUCAGCUACUUUACCAAACUUUAGUAUUGACUGAUUUGACCACUUGACCCUUUAUUUAUAUUAAAAUAAGCUAAAAUAGUUCGAUAAGCUAUUUUGCUGAA